ACGCACACACACAAUCGUGUUUUCUGCCAGUGUGACCGCGUCGCGCGACCACAUUGGGUCUGUGGCUACAAUAUGGUGCCUCAGUUCCGUGAUCUGUGAAAUAUUUCGAUUUAUAUAUUACGUUCAAUAUACGUAAUAUAAUAUAGAAAUAGUCCAAAUCACAACGAUGCAAACUCGUCUGCCAUAAUAUUGAAUAACAAUAAAAUAUGGCGGAAAAGAAGAUUGAAAUCGUAUCCACAAGGAACGCUGAGUCCGAGAAACCGCAGAAACAACCGGUGUCGCCGUUUCUACGACAGCUGUUCGCGGUGAGCGGCGUGGUGAUGUACAUGAUCGGCACCGGCGCCAACAUCGCGUACCCCGGGGUACUGCUGGAGCAGCUGCGUCGACCCGACUCCGCCGUGCGACUGACUCCCGACCACGAGUCAUGGAUAGCAUCCAUCCUGGGUCUGGCCCUCAUCUCGGGCAUCCUGACGGCGCCGUUCUGUCUGCAGAAGCUGGGGCGGAGACUCACCAACCAGCUCAGCACGCUGCCCACCAUGGGCGGCUGGGCGCUGCUGCUGACUGCUAGAAGCCCAGAGGCUUUGCUGAUCAGCAGAUCUUUGCAGGGCUUUGGAAUGGGGUUACAGGCGGCUUGCGCCCCGGUCUCCAUUGCUGAGUAUUCCGCGCCCAAACAUCGAGGAGUCUUCCUGGCUACCAUCGCGUUCUCUUUUGCCACCGGCAUGUUGGUGGCUCACGUCUUCGGCACAAUCCUCUACUGGAGAACAGCUGCCAUCGCCUGCGGAAGCUGCUACGUGAUCUCUCUAAUCCUGAUCUCAUUAUCUCCUGAAACCCCACCAUAUUUAGCAUCCAGGGGGAAAUUCAACGAAUGCCGCAAAUCCUUUCGAUGGUUGCGAGGAUAUGGCGACGAUUCUGAAAAGGAGCUAGAAGUCCUACUCAAUAGCCAAAGGAAAACGGUUACAAAUACACCAAAAGUCUCAAAAUUCAAGUAUUAUUUUGAUGUUAUUAGAAAACCAGAGUUUUAUAAGCCAACGUUUAUUAUGGUUUGCAUGUUUAUACUCUUCCAAGUAUCUGGCAUGACUGUUGUACCGUCUUAUACCGUUCCAAUGAUGAAUGAAGUGACUAGUGGACAUAUAGAGGCUUAUACCAGCAUGUUAAUGGUAGAUGUUGUGAGGUUUGUCAGUGCUAUUGUUGCUUGUAUAGUCGUCAAUAAGCUAAACCGCCGCACAGUUUUGUUUUUAGGCAUAUAUAUUAGUGUCAUAUCUUUAUUUACGACUUCUAUACUUUUGUACUUAAGAGACUUCGGAUAUAUACCUGAUCCGUACAAAUGGACACCCGUAAUACCUACUUUAUUAUACAUAUUUGGUAAAACAUUAGGAAUUUUGCCUAUACCUUGGGCGAUAGCUGGAGAAAUAUUCCCUUUGGCGUACAGAUCUUUAGGCAGUGGCAUUUCUGGAUUGACUUUAUCGUUGAUGUUCUUUGUGGUUGUGAAAACUGCGCCUUCUUCAUUUUCUGCAAUUGGUGUGAAAGGAACAUUUUGCAUUUACGGGUUAUGUAUUGCAAUCUGUGGCGCGUUCUUAUUCUUUCUACUACCAGAGACGAAUGGAAAAACGUUGUAUGAAAUCGAAUGCCACUUUAAAGGGUUGAAAGAUAAAAUAAGUAGAACUGAUACGUGUGAAAAGGACAGGAUGCUGGAAUUGGAGAAGGUGGAAGAGGGAUGAUAAGGCGAAAGGUGGAAACAGUGAAUGCCUUCCAGCUUUCAAGAGCUGGCCCCGUAGUUAGAAGGAGUAAACAUAUCGAUUAUAUUUAAAUAAUGAUGUUGAUGAUAGAUUUUGAUCAUUGUGUCAGUAACUAAACAAUAAUGACUGAUUGAUUAUUAGGUAUUUGUGGGUCAAGUAGUUUAACUAAAACAAAUUCAUAGAAUGGAUGAUCAUUUUCAAGUAUGACAAGAAUAAUUUAUGGGAGUGUUUUACUAUCAUAGUUUUAAUUGACCUUAAACCAACCAGUAUUGCGUAGACAAUAAAUCAUGUAACCUAGAACGCAUUUAUAAAUAAAAGACAAUAAACGCUA